AUGGAAACAGGUGAACAGUUCCAGUCUCAGAAGAUAACAUUUGCUGAGAAAACGAUUCCUUCUUACGUCUUGGAUGACUUAAGCAGCCGUUUUAUUAUCAACAGUCGACCAGAGGACUUGAAAUCAAUCAUCCGCUUAUUUUUUUUGGUUGAAAAUGCUUUCUGGUUUUAUCUUGAUUUUCAUCGAGUGGAAAAUCCAGAGCUGAGAGAGUGUGCAUUAAAGGAGUUUGCAUACAACUUGAUCAGCCAUUGUCCCCAAAUUAAACAGUUCAUAGCAGAGUUUGAUAAACACUUUGAUGCUUGGAGACAGUACAAGAAAACUAUUGCCACCUGUGGUGCUAUCAUACUUGAUAAAGAUCUUAAACAUGUUCUCUUGGUGCAGAGCUUUACAAGCAAAAACAGUUGGGGAUUUCCAAAGGGAAAAAUUAAUCAGAAUGAAGCUCUUCUAGAAUGUGCAGCAAGAGAGGUGUUGGAGGAAACUGGAUUUGACAUUAAGCCCUAUGCAGAUGAAGAGGAAUACCUGGAAAAGUCCACCAAUGAACAAAUCAAUCGCUUGUACAUUGUUGCUGGUCUUCCGCUGAAUACAACCUUCUUGCCAAAGACACGAAGAGAAAUCAGGGAUAUACAGUGGUUUCCAAUAGAUGCUCUUCCCACACACAAGGGUGACCAGACCCUGAAGGAAGCCGUGGGUCAGAACCUGAACUUAUACACAGUCACACCAUUUCUCAAGUCACUGAAAAUGUGGAUUAAGAAUCACCAGGCAGAGGCUUCAUCAUUAUUCAAACAUAAGGGACGUCAGAAACAACAGAAGCAGUUUGCUGCACAGACUCAAAACCAGUACCAAGAGUUUGUUCCCCUGAAGAAGGGGAAACUACCAACAAAAAUUGUAAUAAGUCAGCGGUCAACUUCAGUGAGGUAUUCUAGAGAGUUUCAAGACAAAGACAUAAAGCAAGGGAAACGAGGAAUGACAGUUGUUCAGUCUCUUUUUGGCAACAGAGACAGUCAAAAAGCAGUAGAAUUCAAAGCACCACAAGUGGACACAAACUCAUUCUAUUCCCAGGCAUGGCUUGGCUUCAGGGUUGAUGUGGAUGCAAUUGUGGACAUGCUGCCUCAUGAGGGUUCCUACUACUUUCCAAAGCAUUUUGAUUUAGGAACAGUUUAA